AGACGCACAUUCUGGAAAGUGCUUUAUAAAUGACAGACAUGCAGAUUCACCUCUAGCUCUAUUUUCUUCAACCUGUCAUGAAUAAACAGUGGAAGUCACCGCAGCCUCACAGUUAUUCGGUUUCAGUCCAUCUAAAAGUUUAGAAAAGGAAGGAAGACAAGAACAGAUUUGCCGAAGUCUAUCGCUACUAUUACUCUUUGGUCAAGGAAAAGUUUGGACAACGUUAGGAGGAAAGCAUCGAACUUCUUCACCAGUUCUUUAAGAAUACAGAAAGAAGAAUCUGUCACCGAAGGAAAAUGAAUCUGAACGAGAAAAGGUGGAAUGACAACUAUCUGGAAGAAAUGCUCCUUCUCACUUCUCAAAAUCUUCUCAUGAUCAAGGUAGAAGAGAACUACGUCAUUAUCAAGGAGCUGGGCAGUGGUUCCUAUGGACAUGUUCUACUUGCAUUAAACCAAACAAAAGGAAAUUUAAUGGCACUGAAAUUCAUGCAGAAAAACAAGACAGAUCUUCACGUGUUCCUAAUCGAGUACUGUCUUUCACUAUGUCUAUCGACUCAUCCGUGUAUUAUUGAUACCUUUGGAAUCGCCUUUCAGACAGAGAGACAUUACAUAUUUGCCCAAGAACUAGCACAUGACAAUCUCUUCUCUCUAAUGAAGCCUCAGAUUGGACUGCCAGAGAUUUCAGUUAAGCGAUGCGCUAUUCAACUUUCCAGCGCCCUAGAGUAUAUGCACAAGAAAGGCCUUGUUCACCGCGACAUAAAGCCUGAAAACAUUCUCAUCUUCGAUCAGGAAUGUCGCAAAGUCAAACUGACGGACUUUGGUCUCUCGUGCCGAGCCGGAACAUAUGUCGAAUCAAUGCCUGAAAAUCUGCCAUAUACGGCACCGGAGAUGUGCAGUCUGGGAACAGCGGAUAAGCUAAACGCACAAGGAAGUUUGGAUAUUUGGGCAUUUGGAGUACUUCUCUUUUGCAUUUUGACAGGUUAUUUUCCAUGGACGUCGGCAAUCACAGCGGAUAAAAACUUUGUUCAAUAUACUAAGUGGCAUAAAAGCAGCAGAAUAUUCCGACUUCCAAAUCAAUGGAAAACAUUUAGCACAGAGGCCCUAGAAAUGUUCAAAAAAUUGCUGGUACCAGACGCAACCAAGAGAUGCGACUCAAUGGAAGUCAUGAAAUAUGUCAAAUCGCCUUGGAAAAUAUGUAUCAAUGCUAACACAUACAAAAAGAUGUACUAGAGAAAUGACUUAACAUUCAAGCCUCCCCAUGAGGCUGUAAGUUUGGUUAAAUGGAACUGUAGGGAACUUCAUCCGGAAUAUGGUCGGGUAAACGUGGUCUAAAGGAGGCCUUUCUGAUGGUUCAUUUCCAUACAUCCGACCUAAAAAAUUACCUAUAGUGAAUCUUUAUUCUUAUAGAAUAACAAGCAACAUUUGUUGCUCAUAAAAAAAAAAUAUAAAAAAAAGAGCCCAGCUUUCAGGGUUCAGAAAAAAAAACUGCACGGUAACAGUAUUCAGUGGCUAACAAGGACAAGUUUCCCUAGAAGCCGUCUUAUAUUGUUUCAAAGAGUCAUUGAAGGGACUACUACUGAUGCAUCGCUUUUUUAUGGCGGUCCUUCAGAAGAAGAUUGCACACUAUGUGUGCUGCAAUCUCAAUGUCCAGGCCAUUGCAAACUGCAUCGGGGUACCGAUUGGAGUCCAAUAUAGUCUAAUAGUUUGCCUGUCAAUGUAAUGCUAACAGGCAAUAAUGCUUUGGAAUACCAUGUAUUCCAAAGCAUUACAGAAGCCGUAAAAUAAUCACUGCUUCAGGUCCCCUAGGGGAACAUAAAACAAAUAAAAUUUUAUACUAAAAAAAC